UUGAAUUAAUGGGUGGAGCAUUAUCAAGAACAGGUUUCUCCAGUGGCAAGUCAAAAUAUCACAGCAGUAAAUCUCUUACUGGUAAAACAAUCAUCAUAACCGGAGCAAAUACAGGAAUAGGGUUUCAGACAGCAUUAGACUUGGCCAGGAGGAAUGGGAGGAUAAUCCUCGCUUGUCGAAAUAAGGAAAAGGGAGAGGCUGCCAAAAGCAGAAUUAUCCAACUGACGGGAAAUAAGAGUGUUGUGUUUCGACAUCUUGAUGUGAGUUUGAUGUCAUCUGUCAGGACAUUUGUGGACGUCAUUAGAAGGGAAGAGAAAGGAGUGGACAUUCUCAUUAACAAUGCUGGUGUAGUAAAUUGGAAUGAAGUUUUUACAGCAGAGGGUCUGGAAGAAACAUUUGCAACAAAUUACUAUGGACCAUUUCUUUUAACAAAACUUCUUAUUGACAUACUGGAGAAAUCAUCAGAAGGACGAAUAGUGAAUGUGGGCUCCAUUGCCAGUUUGGGGGGAUCAGUAGAUGGGGACACAGUGUGGGUCCAUAGAGGGUUCACUAAGGAAGAGUACAAUAAUUCUAAACUUGCCCUGCUGUUGUUUACAAAGGAACUUGCCAGAAGAACAGCACAUAAAGAUAUACUAGUAAGCUAUGUUCACCCUGGUACAGUCACAAGUGAAUUGUUCAGAAAUUUACCCUGGAUUAUACAGUUCAUCAUAACAUUUGUAAUGAGACCAUUCUUAAAGACUCCCUUGGAGGGUGCCCAGUCCGUCCUGUUUUGUGCGCUGGAUGAUUCUGUACAAACUGGGGGUUACUACAUGGACUGUAGUUUGUAUGACCACUCGAUGUGGGUCCCGAAUUCUGCUUAUGAUAAAAAACUUAGCAAGAAACUCUGGGAGACCACAGAAAGAAUUAUUGCAGAAAUUGAUUCUGGAUAGAAUUCAAAUUAUUAUUGAUUAAAUCAUUUGUGACAAAAAGAUUACUAGUUACAUCAGGGCUAGAAAUAAUUAUUUUUGUUUACUGGUCACUAAAUUGGGCUAUCGCCUUAAAUUUUUACUGGUCAGCUUAGUACUUUCACUGUCCCACUGGGCCAGUAGAUUUUAAAGAGACUGGCCCAAAACCGUAAUAAUAAUAGUAAUAUUUUUUAUAUUGUGAUACUUAGAAGUACAAUUUAACAAAAUAAGAAACAGUAGAAGUUGGGACACACAACUCUGUGAAGUUAACUAGCCCUACUGUGAAUGUAUUUUAUUAUGUAUAAAAAAAUGCUGACCCAAAGGACAAAUGCCCUCUGCAAUGUACUAGCCCAGAUUGAAAAUUCACUGGCCCAAGACCAGCGGGCCAUCAAUUAUUUCAAGCCCUGUACAUGUAAUUUCUGUAUAUAUGGAAAAUUUUGCGCCCGUUUUAUUUUCACCCUUUUCGCCCUACUCAUAGGUGGGUGAAUUGGGCCAAGUUGUUUGCACAUGUGAAAGGGCGAAAAUAACAGGGGGUGAAAAUAACCCUGUAUACAGUAUACAAUACAGACUGUGACAUAUAAUGUACAUGUGUUGAGCAAUAGCAGCAGACAUUCUGCACUUAUUUUGAAAUAAUAAAACCUGACACCAGAUAGAAGAAAACUAAGCUAAAACGGAUUCAGAUGGACACUAAAUACAAUCUACAACAAUAUAAAAUACUUGAAUUCAUAGUGAGUGUCACAAAGAUAACACAUGCAAUAACCACAUAGAGUUGAAUUUUGAAUGUCAAACAUUGAUAUCUUGAACACUGAGGAUAUCAUGAAGUAAAUUUAAAGCAGCAAUCACUUUUUCUUUAUGUAUUUUAACCUCAAUAUCUCAAACCCAUGGAUAUCUCAAAGUUUUUUUUUUGGUUCCAUUAAGCAUCUAAUAUAUGUAAUGAGGUUUCACUGUUUGACUGUAUUGGAUUUUAUCAAGGUUUUGACAUGCAAUGUAUUUCUAUUUAUGUCACUGGUUGUACACUUUCAUAGAAAUA